AUGGCGGACUCCCAGAUUGUAGUGGCCCCUGCCAAUACAGUCACUCCCCCUACCACUCCUAUCAACGCUGCUCCUCCGCCCACUGUUGAGCAAACACCGCUCGCUUUCAAAUCUACUGCCAACGCUUUCGCCAUGGAAGAACCACUUCUAGACGACGUCUACCUGGAAAUCUCUGAAGAAACUAGAGGCCAUUAUCUUGUUGGAAUCUCUCCUCAGAAUUUUCUCGACAGCUUUUUACCUUGGAAACAACCCACACCAGAAGAUGCCCCAGAGCCCGAUCGGGUCUCGCUUUUGCAAUCCGUGCCACCUAUCGAGAAAGCCAGGAAGGAGGAAGUGAUGUAUAAACCUUUUGUUGACGCUCUCAAUGGAUGGGUUACCGGAACAGAUAAUCAACAGUCUCUUGUCUUCAAACGUUUCAACAAUCCAGACAGUACAUGCGGCCGUAUGAAUGUCGAUAUAGCUACCUAUUGGGAGAAAGAUACACCAUCAACGUCCACGUCAUUUGCGCAUCAACAAACCCACGAAGAAUUCAAGGUUAGCCAUCGAUAUGACGCUUUCGCGCACGCCCUUGAUGAGGGUCCGGAAGAGGAAGAAGAGGAUACAAGUCAAGAAGAUGCAGAUCCAGCUGCCGUAGCGGGUCCUCAAUUAGAGGAUGAUGAUGACGUCGGACUCUUUGAAGUCAAGACUGAGGAUGUAGACGACAAACUGCCCGACCUGACAGCUGAUGUCGAAAAGGAUACCCAGAUUUCCAACCAAACCCGUGGUCAAAUUGCAGCGUAUGCUGGUGUCGUGCUCUCUAUGGCCUUUCGAUCGCAUUUCUUUUCUAUGUUGAUCAUCGGUAAAUACGCUCGUUUCAUACGCUGGGACCGGCGCGGCGCCAUUGUCACCCAUAGAUUUGAUUACACUAAAUCCCCCACUUUAAUAUUCAGCUUCUACCGCCGUUACGGACAGCUCACUCAUAGAGAGAGGGGUUUUGACCUGUCUGCCAAACCAUGGCAAGGUGCUGUUCCUCAAAACGUUUGCGAAGCAUUCGACAGUUAUUAUCGACGGUCAUGGCACGGUGGAUCAAAAUUUAAUCACCGAACAGGCAAGGACGAGCCUGCCGAGCCUGCCUCUCGACAGCGUUUCUUUACGAUAGCAGUCAAAGAUAGAAAUCCUGAUCCCACUGCUGCACAUCUGGAAGAAAUAUACUUUGUCCCGGCCCCUGCGUUCAGACGCACAUGCCUCUCUCCCUUUACUCGUGCAACCCGACGCUGCCUUGCUUUUUUUGAUGCGCCAGACAAGAAGGAUCAACAAAUGUGCUUUAUGAAGGAUUCAUGGCAGGAAACCAGCGCUCGAUCAGCUCCAGAGGCUGACAUCUACCGCAGACUACAUAGUCAUGGCGUGGAGAACAUUGCUUCGAUGCGUUUGGGUGGCGACGUUGACGACCUCGUCACCGUUACGCAGGAUUGGUUUCACGUACUCUCGCAAUCUGGAAAAUACCAGAAGAUGGGACAUCUGGUUUGCCAUCGCCUUAUUCUGAACACUGUCGCCCGUGAUUUGUCGACUUUUGUUUGGUGCAAGGUUCUGCUUUCUUGCCUUGCUGAUGCUAUGGAAGCUGCUCAACAAGCUUACAAAGCUGGAGUUCUCCAUCGUGAUAUCAGCGCAGGCAAUGUAAUGAUUGUUAGAAAUCACGAAACUGGUGAAUGGAAAGGCAUACUCAUAGACUGGGAUAUGUGUCUACUUUGGGAGGAACAGAAGCUUAUCGGAGAAGUACGUACUCAACGAACUGGUACCUGGGCUUUUAUCGCUGCAGAGCUAUUGAUGCUCCCGGAACCAGGAGCAGCGCCAGUUAUUCAUUCUCUAUGGCAUGAUAUGGAAUCCUUUUUCUGGGUUCUUCUCUACCAGGCUUUACGUUAUCUUCGACACAACCUUCUACCCGAACAAACAUAUCGUCGCAUGAAAGCAUUGUUCCUUGAUCCAAUGCGAGUUGGCGGACGGACCUAUGGGGGUGACGAAAAAGAAAACACUCUCCAGUUCUGCUCGCUGAAGACGCAACGGAAGAAGGUAGCCUCGUUUACGAUCUCUGGGCUAAACGACUUUUUGGAAACCGCUGGCCAUUUUCUACAUUCCCGUUACCAACCCAAAAAUGAACUUCCCGACUGUGAUCUGAAUAAUCCAGACGACAAGUGGCUACCUAAUCUUCUUCGUUCUACCGCUGAUAGCAUGGCGCCCUUAAAUGUGACCCGGACCGCAUUAGCGUCUCCUACAAACGACUCUCAACCCCCAGCUGACAGAGCCCUGUGGAAGAAUGCAAGUGUAAAGGACGCAAGUAUCGACUUCUUCAUCAACACCUGGGUAGCGGAUACCAAGGACACCAAGGCGGCUCAUAACCGCCACUUUCAAUCAGUAUCAAACUCAGUGAUCAAUUUUUUGGAUGGUCUUCGUGUUAGCCACAGUAGUAAACGUGCACGCGACGACAUUGACGACACGCCAGAUACCAAGGCAAAGACAGAAGUUAGGCCCACGGUCAAACUUGAACAUGUUCCUCCUUCGACCAAACGGGUUCGACGUCGCUAG